GUGUGUGCUACAUGUAGGUCUGUGCGUGUGUGUGUGCGGUGUAUGUGUGUGUGUGUUCUACAUGUAUGUCUGUGCGUCCGUGUGUGGUGUGUGCGUGUGCUACAUGUAGGUAGGCGUAACAAAUCGCAGCCCGUGGUCGCUCGUUCAAAGUGCCCGCACGUCUCGUUCAUCCCCCGCCGCCCAUCGCUCGCUCUGCGCUAAAAAUAAACCCGAGGAGAAGGGGAGACGAGGGGAGGGGAGAACGAGACGGGGAAAGACGGAGCGACCGAAAGUAACUAGGAAGACAGCAAACGAAGACACGCGGGUAAGAGCAGCGACAUCUUUUGUCAGGCACCUCGCGAUGCCGUCGAUGGUGGGAGGUGAAGAUGGUGUGUAUGGGGGAGAGGGGAAGUACCCCUCGCUCUACCUAUAUACCUUACCUUCAUACACGGCGCUCGGCUUUCGUAGCCACGACGGAGGAUGCGAGAGCUCGCUACCAGCUUCUCCCUGUGAUACAGCUUGUAAAUAUUCACGCCUCGCUAGCAACGAGGAUCGAAUGACAGUGCAAGCUGACUUUCUAACCGCAACAAUCUAGAAAAAUUGUAACUUAUUUACCCCUCCACUUGAUCUUUCUCUUUCUCUUGUUCUUUCUCGUCGAGGUUCCGACCUUUGCGCGUGCGGCGAAACUCUGCGACGGAGUGUGUGGAGCAUAGCCAGCUUGCUCGGAGAGCCGGUAGGUCUAUGUGGGCGGCCACUUGAUGACAUUAUCUUGGUGAUACCGAGCAGAUAUAUUUAUGUUUUCUUGGCAGAGAUAAGUUGUUUGUUUUACCGGCCAGAUUCGAAUUUUCUACUCGCCUGUUCGAAGAGUCGCUCCCCUGUACACACUGCCUCCCGCUGUCCCGACCUGUUUGUCAUCGAGGGGUGCGUGACCCUCGUGCGCUGUGUUUAACGUCUGCACUUUUUUAACUGACAGUUUAUGCUUGAGUUAGCGCCAGCUCGGGUAUCACUCACUUUAUAUGCUUAGACGAUUCCUUUGGCUGUGCAGAAAACACUACUUGGCGUCUUUCUCGAACACUUUCCUUCACUUCAAAAAGUGACUUCCGAACCAGGAUUAAAUCGGAGACCGGACCUCACCUGAAACAGCUGCUGCGACCAACAGAACAUGUUUUGUGUGGACGUCCAGGUGUGAAGAGAUGGAACAUUGAUUUACGUUGUUGUGUGACAGGAGGUGACAAAUUCUCAAUCUCUUGGCCCUCGGAGCAGUUCUGUGACAGGAAAAAAAAUCUGUUUUUCACCAUGGGGUUGAGAGAGCAGUUCCGGCUGGCCAACUUCACGUUGAACCACUCUCAUCCACAUCGAUUCGUCUCAGCUCGGUUCAAUGUCAAAGCCCUAUACGCGUGCUGGCGGGUGUUCUGGGCUGUGUACCACAUGACCUGGGUGCUCCUCAGCUGGGUGCUCGAGCCCUGGGUCGCCUACCCGGCCAUCGACCGCCUCAAGUGGUUUGUGUACCUGACCAACUGGAUGUACCUGCUUUUGGCACUGGAGACUGUCAUUGAAGCCAUCAAUUUCCUGUAUGUCCACCUUCUCAGAUACGACAUUGUCAAGGGUAAGAAGUGUCAGAUGCCAUGGUACCUCAAGAUGCAAUGGCUGCUGUAUGAAAUCGUAUCAACAGGGUCCCUGAUGGUCACUGCUUGGUACUGGGGAGCUGUGUACAAAGGUGACAAAGCAGUCGGCCCCGUAAACUUUUCCCUCCACGCCAUGAAUUCCAUCUACGUCGUCCUCAACCUCGUCUUGACGGCGACGCCUUCCCGCCUCCUGCACUUUAUCUACCCGGUCUUGUUCGGGGUGGUGUACACUGCAUUCUCCGUCGUCUACCACCUGGCCGACGGCACCAACGUCCGCGGACAGCCGUACAUCUACUCGGUGCUGGACUGGUCCAGGCCAGGCCGCACUCUGCUCAUGUCCUCCAUCAGCAACUUCCUGGCCAUUCCCGUCGUGCACUUGCUGCUCUUCCUGCUGCACGUGUUGGCGGAGCGGUUGGGCACGUGCAGGAGGGCUAGAGGGGAGGAGCCCGGGGAGGGUGGAAGGCCGGCGUCUGGGACCACGUGCUUGGACUUGGAUGAGCCUGGAAUGGAAAGCAGCAGUGUGCAGGGAGAACUGCUAGAGGAAGACGAGUGACUGAAGGACAGGGAGACAGUGGACAAGACCAGCUGAGAUCCAUGGCUCAGCAGGGGAAAGAUGGAUAAUGGCGGGAUCUUUGAAGGAUUUGUACCUGUCAAAUCCUGCAGAGGAAGGUGGUCUGCAACUGAUGACCAUCGUCCAUCGCCUGAUUUAUUUAGUGUGGAGUUAUAAUCAGCUGAAAAGCAAUCACUGCUUAAAACUUAAAAAAGAACUAAUUGACCACAACCUGUCAUAUUCCCAGCAGGUUUUUGUCAUCCUUGCCAGAGACCGCUGCUGGCAAGGUUACUGUCCCUCAAUGUGGUUUGAAAGGAAGAAACUUGCGAUGUCAAGGUCUUCCCAUUGCACCUGAUGUCCAUAUUUGCCAACAGUUCAUUCUAGCCAGAAAAAAAGAAGAGAUGGAGUGAAAAAGAAAGUGUGUGUGUGUAAGUGCUAGUUCCUUGAGAAAUUACAUCUGCAGCAUAAUGUACUCACUAGAUGAGUUGUCUGUGCCUUCCAGACAAAACUGAAACAACUCUGUCUACAUCCUCUCGAUAUAAAGAUCCGUCGUAACACGAUGUAUAUGAAGCUGUGUAUGAGGUCUCAAAAAACUCAUUUUUUUCCCCAUUCAUACUUCCUUUCAAACAUCUUUGGGUGGAUAAGAGAACAAGUUUUACACAUCAAGACUAACAUCUUCACUAACAAAUAACAUCAUCACGUGUCGACCUUCCGUGUUUGAGUAUGGAACCAGACGAGAUAUUAAUUAACACUGGGUGAUCGACACUUCUACACCAGACCAUGUGUUUUUGGACAGUUCUGAGGAAUUUCCUGAAAGAUAUGUUCGACUAAACUUUUUUUCAACUGAUGUUUAUUUUACUUUAAUUGUUUCUCCACCUUAUCUGCACAGACAGAAUAUGGUGUCUAUAAUUUUAAGCACACAAUAGAAUGAUUUAUUCGUUAUUCAUUGUUUAUAACCGACAUUUAAAUCUUGUCCAGAAAAGUCUUUUUAGACAAAUUUAAGUAACGACUGUGCUCAGCAUUUCAUGAAUAUGAUUUCCUGAAGCCAUGGUCAGACGACACAACUAUCUAAAAUGAAUGCGACGAAUUCAACAUCAAACAAAUUCGUGUUUGAUAUCUUCCACUCCCUCCUUCCCAACCUCAACCCACUUAACAGCGGUGUUUGUCGAGUUCAAAUCUCAGUGAAGUUAUUUAUAGCUGUCGUGACGCACGACGGGAGAUGCGGAGGGUGCGGUUUGGGAGAGAGGAGGAGGGGGUAGACCUCUUAAAUAACGGUCAUAAUGUCGGAAUCUUCUAAAGACUCACACUUUGCUAAUCCUGCACAAGUAGGUCAGGUCAGGCCACGUGACAGGAGGCGUUGCUUUUGACGCCCCGCGAUCAGUGAACAAAGUUUUUGAGACACAUGCUGAAAAAACUGUUACCUCGCGCUGAUAAGCUUAGUCUCCGACCCUGAAAACCUCCCUGGCUGUUUAUGUUCAGGGUAAAAGACCCUGUCAACCUUUUCCGGCUGUUUUUCGCAUCCUGCGUAGCUGAAAUUUUUUAUUAUAAAGGGAGACCACAUAGUUCUGAUUCAUUUUUUUAAAUAUUGGUUCACGUUUCUUCCACCGCCCCAAAGUGUAGGAAUGUGAAGUGGAUUUUUUUGAAAAAAAAAUAUGGAGGGGAGGUGUGGAUAAAAGGACUCCAAUGUCUCGCGGAGAAAUAUCAUCUAAAUAGUAGUGAAGUAGCUCUCUCUCUCUUUCACACACACAGGGAGGUGAAUGAUCGUCUGACAGCAGACCCAAGAUUUAACGUUGCGCUGGUCUCCCCUGGAGGAGAUCGAAUGAUCUCCCCUGUCAAAGGUCAACCCCCGCGACAUCCGCCUGAUACCAUAUCGGCCAUCGUGGCAUAAUAAACAAAGUGUCUAUCUCCGGGGUGUACGACUACAAUACACGCAGCUUGCAGUGGGUGUGGUGUCGCGGUCUGCCUUUUAAACAGCUGUUUGUUUCUUCCGCAGCCACGUAAACUAUCGCCGCAUCCAGACCUGGGGGUGGCUAGGGAACGGGUGAAAAAAAAAGUCUUAGGCGUCGACACAAAAUAAUCUCCGGAGGACCGCAACCAGACGGGUUGGUAUGCGAAGCCAAUGAACCCCUUAACCCACGGAGGAGCGUAGAUGAGUAACCUGCUGACAGCGAUCGUCUGCUCUCGGGUGACGUGUGACGGGUGGCCCCUUUCAGCCGGUUCGCCGGUAAGAGAGCAAACAAUGCCCACCCAGCAUCUUGUGAAGGAUAUCAGGUAUUCCGGCAUUGUCAGGACCCUACAUAUUUUCUUUGCGGUGAUGAUAAUGUGAGAAACGAUAUCGGACACCCUGUUGGUCAAUUAAUAUGAGCUAUUAUCCUGGUAACAUCCUCUGUUCGGCUGAAAGAAAUUUCUCGCCUACUGUCUCAUUCAAGAACCGGACAUCUGAUACUAGAAGGGGUGGGGAAGUUGGAGGUAGGGGUGGGGUGACUAUAGUCGCUACAUUCGCCUUGGAGUGAUCCGUUUUGCUGCCACAACAGCAGGAUCUCACCUGCCUACGGGUGGUCCCAUUGUAUGAGAGAGGUGAGGGGCGCAGAAAGCUUGUUAUGCAAAAAAAAGCGAUCUGCGAGGAGUCGUGAGAUGCCAAAGGUUACUGCGAAACAACAAAAAGCGAGAUGCAAGGAAAGCGCGUAUUUGUUUUCUCUGAGAAAAUGAACGCAUAAAAGCCGUCUCCCUCCUUCACGCCAUACCUGCGCAGUCGGGUACACACAGGCACGCUGCCUCCUGUCAAGAUGAAACCCAGUCAGACACUGCAAACUUGGGACAAAGCACAUCGGAGCCAUCUUAUCGCAACGCGCCAUUGAUGGGCCCGAGGAGGUUAGGGAAGGGGAGAGCAUUCAACACUAAUUUUCUUUUUUAUCCUCUUGCGUUUUUCCUUUGACAAGUGAAAAGCUUUUAUUUUUCGAGGUGAGUAUGGUUUACAAGUCACCUGCACUGUGUCACAUGAGUAUUUUUUCCGGUGUAAAUCAAAACGUCAAGCCUUUCUUAUUUGACGACAGAAUGGUCUCCCUUAUCUGAACCUAGGAAACUAAGUCAGAGAGUUUGCGCCCCUUGAACGCCGAAAAGCGGAAGUUCGUGUGUGGUUCUCUAGGCAUGCGCAAGAAUCCUCCAGGAAUGUUACUGUUUAUUUAGCAGAAUCAUUGAAGUAUUUAUUUCACACCCAAAUUUGUGUUUUUCUCCCUCAAAUAUUUAAUUCUCGAAGCCGAUGGUCGGAGAUUGGUUGUGUUUUGGAAGUUUCUUGUUUCUUGUAACAUAAAACCAAACAUAAAAUGAGACAUUAAUUUGAUCAGUUAAUUUCAUUCAUUUUUUAUCACAAAGACGUAAGUGCUAUGAAUGUUCUUUUAUGUAUUUUAUCUUGGUUGUUUUUAUAUCUGGGUCCAAGAGAAAAAAAUUAAAUGAUUUUUGGUUUUGCGGCUACCUGGCGCCGACAGACAUUAGUGUUACGUCAACGGAUAUCUCUCUGGUAAUAUAAGAAAAUUGUCUUUGUAGCUCUAACCUCUUUGCUUUCUGAUACUCUCAGCCCCCUUUGCUAGAGAAAUUUCGAUGCAUGAGGUCCAACAUCUUCACCGCCUCAGUUCUAAUGUGGUAUCUAAAUAUUUACUCCGGUCUGUUUGAAGAUCUGAAGUUGUUAUUGCGCCCAUUAAAGCUUCUGACUACAGGCGAGAUAUCAAACCUUUACACUUGUCCUUAAUCAUUUUAGGGAUCAACAGUGAAUACUGUAUUCAUCGCACAAAGAUGCCGCAUACCCCAACAAGAAAAAAAAAAACGGGUUGCACCAUCAAAUAUGAUCUACCUCGGCUUCUUUUAAUCAUGAUAGGUAUGUCUGUUGUUACAUUUUCAAAAAGCCGGGCAGGUACACCAGUGAAACAAUAUUUGUCGGCAGCAGACUUUUACAAGCGACAGUAUGUGUGUUGUUGCACAAUGUAUCUCCUGUUUUCUGUACUCUCUAUCACUUGCUUUGAAACGCAGAUUCUUUACAAAGAAACUAUUUGGUUGCCGGCGUACGGUUGUAAAUUAUACUGUGUUGGUUGAGAUGAUGAGAAGUGAUUGCGGACGACGACGACGAUGAUGAUGAUGAUGACGAUGAUGAGGAUGAGGAUGAUGUACUGAAAAUGGCGGAGUAAAGAUAUCCGGAUGCAGCUGCAAGUACUGAUUAUGGCUUUCGUUGUUUAUUAUUUUUUAAUAUUUGUUUUUGGCAAUGUCAUAAUACAUGAUUGCCACCUUGAAUAUUGGGUACAGUAUCAGAGAAACAGAUGUAUAUUAAUUAUGUUCUGUGUUUCAGUUUUUAAGGUUGUAACUAAUAGCGCUGUGCAUUUUGUUAAUUAAAAACCUAAAAAUAA